AUGGCGGUCGACUGGCUCCUCCAACAAUGGUUCCCAGCCCUUAGCCAGCGGCCGGGUGUCAAGAUCGCCUGCGACGGCCUUUCGGCCAUUGAAAUGGCCUUUGAAGAUCGACCCCUUUCACCCACUGAUGCACAAUUUGACCUGAUCUCUUCCAUCCGGGAAGCCAUCUCUCGGUCUCCGGUGUCUUGGUCUCCACAGCAUGUCUACGGACAUUUGGACAAGUCCAACUUAUUUGAUGAACUCACUUGGUGGGAAAAGAAAAACCUGGAGGUAGAUGGCAUGGCAGUGGAUUUCCGCAAGGAACUAGAGGCCGCCCACCAACUUAUCCCCCCCAAUCCUCGGUUCUUCACGGAGCUGGCAGCUCUUUUUGUGGCUGACACAAAGCAGUCUCGGCUGAGUGACCACUUCAUUCAGGAGUGCGUGACACUCCCCCGCCUGCGGCAACAAUGGAGGAACCGUAAUGUGAUCUCUGAGGAGUCUGAAAACCUUAUUGACUGGGAGACACUGGGUCGCGCUAUGCGGUCACUUCCUGCCGGACUCCAGCGCUGGAUUACAAAACAUUGGGUGGGCAUGUGCGGCACGGGGAAGUUCAAAGUGUAUUGGGGCCUCGAAUCGUCCGCUGCGUGCCCUCGGUGCGGCGAGUUUGAAGAUCACUUGCAUGUUCCCCGUUGCCCAGCAGCCUCGGCUAGGGACGAAUGGGAUCGGAGGGUGACCGCUCUCUCGCUCUGGAUGGAUAUACAUCUUACCUCCCCCGCCAUCAAACAUGCGAUACUCCUUCUGCUUCAGGGUGUUCGCGAUUCAUCACGUCCCACCUCUCGUUUGAUCUCUCGGACCAUUCGCCCGGCCUUUCUGGCACAGGAAGCUAUUGGGUGUCAGGGACUUUUGGAAGGCAGACUAGCCUCCUUGUGGCUGUCUCUGCAACAAAAUUAUUUUGACAAGAUUCACAGUCGCGGUCGGUUUCUCUGUGGGCCUCCCGUCUCUCCCAGCAACUCAUCUCCAUUGGGUUCUAUAUGUGGGAACAACGGAACGCCGUUCAACAUUCGGAUGACAAUGUUCAGCUCCAUGAACGUCACUGUGCUGUCAACGAGGGGAUUCACUCUCAGUUUGAUAUGGCUUCAGCUGAUUUACCUCCGGAUAUUAGAAGCAUGCUGA